CUGCUUUGAAGAGGAGUUGCAUACUGAACUCCCCUGAACAUUUCAGCGUGUAGUUUAGUCUGUAGCCGCUCAAGUAUGCGGACUCUAUGCUAAAUAGUGCGUGUGACGUUGAAAAGGGAUGUUGUACAGACACACGUGUUUGUAGACCCGGAAGUGUCAGUGUUGCAUGCGGAUUGCCUCAUAAUCAAAGCGCUGUUUGUUACAGGAGGUUCUUAUAGUCGAGAACUUGCCAUGUUAGUGCGAGGAUACGGUAGAAGUCUUCUUGGCAUGGCCAUUGGGGCCGGGAUCUGUUAUUGUGCCUACAGGUUGCUGUUUGCUCAGCGGAGGAAAAAGAAGCAGCGAGACAGGGUGGGAGCCAGUAGCAGCAGUGCUGGGGAGAAAGUGCUUGGUGUAUCUGCAUUGCGUUAUUUGCAUGAGACACAAGCUGCAACAGAUAAACCAGGAAAUGUCUCAACAUCUGUAAAUGAUCUGCAACCUCAUCAUAUUGCAAAACUUCUUGAUAUUCUUGCGACCAACUCUGAUUCCUCACUUCAAGAAAAAGUGCUCAUCACUCUGUGUAACAGUGCUGCCUUCUCUGUAAAUCAUGAUAUCAUUCGCAAUUUGGAUGGCAUACACAUUAUCGCCAAAGCCCUUUCAAGCUCCAGUGAACAAACUAAAGUGAAUGCUUUAAAUGCUCUGAAUAACCUGAGUAUGAAUGUACAAAAUCAAGAACUGAUUAAGGAUUACAUUUAUCAGAUAUGUAGUGCCAUAUCUUUAUCCUCCCUAAAUUCUGAAGUUCAGCUAGCUGGUCUGAGACUGAUUAUUAAUAUGUCUGUUACUGAUAAUUACCACAACAUGGUGGCAGAUCACUUGCCGUACCUUUUGCACCUGCUUGCAGAGGGGAACAACAAUAUUCAGAUUCACACAUUAAAAGUUCUUGUGAAUUUGUCUGCCAAUCCUGCCAUGACACAGCCUCUCCUCACUACUAAGGUAGAAGGAUCACAGUCACUGACCUGUCUCUUUAACAGCCGCAUCAACAGAGAAAUACUUGUGAGAGUGCUGACAUUUGCAGCCAACCUUUCAAAGCACCUGGGAAGUGGGAAUGGUCAUGAUUUACAUGCCAACUACAACGAGGAUUGUCUUUUUAAUUUGCUCUUUGGAGAUUCAGCUCCACUUCAGAAUGAUAUUGCAGCCUUAUUCCAAUAUCCAGAUGUGGAAGUUAAAGAGCAAGUAGCCAUUCUUUUGAUAAAUCUUGCCAGGCUGAGACAAAUGUAACAUGUUUGUGCAAAUAAACUACAGAUUCCCACUGCA